AUGUUUUUCUUUCUAGUGGUCGGCGUAAAAAGAGAAUGUCUUUCGAAAAACCGCGUCGCUAGUCACUGUCCGCCUUGGGCGAUUCUUUCCAAUGAUGUAGACCUUCUUUUGUCUAAUGCCUACUCCUUACCUCACUUUCUGCCCAUCCGCCAAACUUUCACAAUGUCAAAUCCGGAGUUACGAGAUAUGCUAUCUAUCUCAGUCUGUUUAUAUCUAUCUAUCUAUCUAUCUAUCUAUCUAUCUAUCUGUCUGUCUGUCUGUUUCAGUCUCUUUAUAUCUAUCUAUCUAUCUAGAGCUCUUUGUUUCUUGCUCUCACUUAUUAUCACUAUAUCCCUUACAUUCUAUCUAUAUCCUUUUUCUAUUUUUUUCUCUAUCCCUAUUAAUAUCUCUCUUUAUCACUCUCUCAUUUUCCACUUUUUUCUGCCUUCAUGCACUCUCUGUUUCUUUACCUUUCUAUUUUUCUUUCUUUCUCCUUCCUUUCCUCUUAUUUAUUGCUCUCUGGAUUUCUUUCUGCCUCUCUUUCAUUUUAUUCUUUUUUAUAUGGCUGUUAAUUUCUUCCUCUCUUUUCUCUAG